CAGAGACUCACACACAGAGAGAGAGAGAGAGAGGGACAGAGAGAGAGAGAGAGAGACAGAGACAGAGAGAGAGUCUGCUCAUUAAAGUAAAGAUGGAGCUCUCCUCGACGGGAGAUCGUGUUUUCGCGGCUGAAGCUAUACUGAAACGCCGCGUCCGUAAGGCAAGACUUGAAUACCUGGUAAAAUGGAAAGGAUGGGCCAUGAAGCACAGCACUUGGGAGCCAGAGGAGAAUAUUCUGGACGACAGGCUGAUCCUGGGCUUUGAGAGAAAGGAGCGGGACAGGGAAAUGCACGGGCCGAAGAAACGCGGACCAAAACCCAAAAACCUAGCGGCGAAGACUCGUACUCAGAAAGGAGGUUCCAGCAGCCGAGCCUCAGACGCCCGCCAGACUACGUCACGCUCCUCCUCGUCCACUUCCGGCAGAGCGGCGACUCCUUCCUCCUCCGCCUCGCCUCACUUAGCGUCUUCGUCCUCCUCUACCUCGACCGUGGCACCCUCUCCCAAACUCAACUCCCUGGCGGCCACCCACAAGCUGAAGAAAGACAUUCACCGCUGCCACCGGAUGUCCAGGCGCCCUCUGCCUCGCUCGGACCCCACGGCGGCGGCCUCCUUCUCCGGCUUCCCCUCCCGCCUGCACGUCUCGCCCUUCUCCGAGACCGUCCGCAUCCUCAACCGCAGGGUCAAACCCCGGGAGGUCAAGAGAGGUCGGAUCAUCCUCAACCUGAAGGUCAUUGACAAGCCGGGGAGAGGCGGCGCGUCUGCGGGCGGAAGGAAUAUUACGACGGGACGCCAGAACAUCCCGUCUCGCAAUCGCAUCAUCGGGAAGAAGGGAGGAGACGCUCCCUAUAGACCUUUCCAGCCGCCUCUGAAGAUGCUGGGCUUCCCCAUGUACGGGACACCGUUUGGGCUUCAGUGUGGAGGCCCCGUGUCCAGCACAGGGGCCAGGAACACCGACUCUACUCCCUCCUCCCAGUGCCGCUCGCCUCCGUCUCCUUCCAGCUCCACCCACUCUGUAAGAAAGUCCAACACCACCGCCUCAGCUGCUGCUCAGUCCUCACCUUCCGGCGAGGCCGCCAAGUCCAGUGGACCUCCCACAGAGACCCAGAAGAGCCAGAGCGCCAAGCCAGCUGCUACUUCUCCGUCCUCACCAUCAUCUUCCUUGGAGGAGGACGACGACAGUCGGACGACCCAAGAGGGAGGCAGGAAAAGUCCUCGCCAACGCGGGGCUAAACGUCAGCUGCCCGCCGCCGCCUCCGUUUCCACCGGAGACCAGAGCUCCGCCCCCUCCGAACCACAAAAGGUGCCCGCCGAGGGAGACCCCAACUGGCACCCUGAAAUGGCACCGAGCUGCAAGGACGUGGUGGUCACCGACGUCACCACCAACCUCGUCACCGUCACCAUAAAAGAGUUCCCCUCCCCCGCCUCCCCCUCGUCUGCUCUUGGCCCCGAAAACGCCCCCUCCCCUCCCCCCGACGCCACCACCUCCGACGAACCCCCCCCUCCUCCCACCAAGCCAUAGGAGAACCAGACGUCAUGAAGUCGAUGAUCUCCGUUUGAUGAUGGAAGUAAAUAUCGCGCCAGUGUUGCCACUUCAGCCCUCUGAAGGUGUGUCCAUGUUUGUGUAGCGGCGUCGUCUACUAUUCAGCCAUUGAAGAGGGGAAUAAAGAACGUUUUCUUUUUUUAAAGAAGUUGUAUACAUUUGAAAGCGGGCAGCUAAUACGCCCUUAAAUUGCCAUAUUUUGUCCACUUGCACAGGCUGUUGUUGACCUUCAGGUGUUCUGCCAUUUUCCUGCCCCCCCCCCCCCUCCCCCCCUCUAGUAUCAUUGGAGGUCCAGCUUGUUAAAGAUAUAAGAGGUGAUGUGUUUUUGCACUUAACACAGUUGGACUCCUAUGUUGCAUCAAUACAGCGAGGUAAAUGCACGUGACUGCAUCGAAGAAAAACGACUUAUUUUAUGUUCAUCAGUUGGUUUUUUUCAAGGCCUUUUAUCCUCUUGACUACAUAUACGUACAGUAUGAGUAAGUAUUUAUAUGCACGCACAACCUUUAUAAGCUGCAGAAGAAAAUACGUAAACAAUAGUUUUCACGUCUUUGUUGUGCUUAACGUCUUUCUCUCCGCUGCUUGCUCUGUUUUUCCUCACAAACCCGACGCCUUCUUUAAUCUGUCGCGUCCAACAAGACGUCUAGAAGGUCUGUCAGCUGAACUCAGAUCAGACUGAAGCCACAAACCAAAUGCAGCUAAUGAAAACAGUGUGUUGGAGCUUUGAGCUCGCUAUCCAGAUGAUGGACUUGAUUAGUUUGUCUCUUUACCGUCCACGUAGAGCAAAACGGAUUCACUUCCUGGUUAGUUCCUUUACAGGUUUCUGGUCAGUUUAGCUUCAAUAGCAUGUAGCAUGGUUCAGCCCACAGAGCAAGAGGAACUGAGCCAGGACAAAUGUUGGUUAAUAGUGGUGUAACGGACCGUAGUUGAUCCGUACUGACCCCCCUCACAGUUCUAUGUUAACCAUCAGAGUGUAGAUAAAGUUUUACUGACUCAGUAGAACAUGUUUCUAGUCUCUGAUCAUGUUUCAUU